UCCGUGGACAUCAUCUCCUCCACGCUGUCCCUUUAACUCCAGCUCCGUCCGGGGGGCAGGAUCCUCGCGUUUUCUCUCUUUUCUUUUUCCUCCUCUUUGACUCGGAGCGGUGGUUUGCACCAACGACCGCAGCAGCAGCAGCGGCAGCAGCGGCAGCGGCAGCAGCAGCAGCACCGGGGCGGAGGAGCGACUCUCUCUGCGGGGGCUGCAAACAUGCCGGAGCUGGCUCGGCCGGGGAUGCGUGACUGUUUCUGGGCCGUGAACUGAAUCUGAAGCUUAGCAGGGCCCGGAGGAACCAGGAGGAACCAGGAGGAACCGGAGGAAGCACCGUCCUCCUCCCUCCGUCCUCCUGCGGCUCCAGCGGGGAUGCGGAGCCGCGGAGGAGAAGAAGAGGACGCGGUCACGACGGCAGCAGCCGUGGGUGUGGGCUUUUUUUAUUAUUAUUAUUUAUUUAUUUUUUAAAUCUCUGCCUGCAAGGGAAAGGGUGUUGAGUGCAGGACGGACGGACGGACGGACUUUGAUGGAAUGCGUCCUCCUGCGUGAUUCUGCAGCCACCGUGCGCGCCGCUGUUCUGCCAAUUCUUGCUCCCUGACGAGAAAUGCUCCUUUGUGGUUCUGCGCAUGCGCACAGUGGAGGUGUUCUGCCAAUCUUUGCUACCUGUCGGGAAAUGCUACUUUGUGGUUCUGCGCAUGCGCACAGUCGAUUUUCAAAAAGUUUGAUUGCCACGCCCAUCAUUUCUUGUAAAAUUGAUAAUAUGGGAUGUUGAGUGUUUGAUUCUUCAAAAUACACUACCCAUGACAUGAAUUGCAUUACAAUUUUGUGAUAAAAGUACUUGCAAUUAUACGAUAAAGGCAGGACAAGUUUAUUUGUACAGCACAAUUCAACACAAGGUAAUUCAAAAAGUGCUUUACAUCAACAUUAAAAGCGGUAAGACAUGAUUAAGACAGUAAAUGACAAAUAAAAUGAAAUAGAAUUAUGAGAAAAGAAGGUAAAAUAAUAAAAAGCACAAGUUGCUGAAAACUAAAGAGAAAAAACAAUUAUAUGGCUUUAUUUGAUAUUCAUUCAGUCAUUUGCCUUUAUUUAACCAGGUAGGUCAUUGAAAACACAUUCUUAUUUACAAUGACGGCCUGCCAAGCGACAAGGACCACUUGGGGGGGGAAAGGAAGUGGGCUAGGGAGUAAAACACAGUAAAAUUGUAGCUCAAAAAAGGUAGAAAACCAUUAAGUAGCAUUUUUUGGGGGGCAAAGCAGCAGAAAUUGGCAGAACACCGGCCGAUACAUUGCGAUGAUGGAGGACGACGCGCAUGCGCAGGAGCCGCCGCGGGAGCGGACCGACCUGAACGUCGAGAUCGACCCGGACUUCGAGCCCCAGAAGCGGCCGCGCUCCUGCACGUGGCCGCUGCCGCGCCCGGAGUCCGGCGGCGGCCGCAAGGGGCCCGGUGGGGCCCCCGACGCUGACGUCAUCCCCGAGGAGGAGGACGACGACGAUGACGCGGACGCGGCAGAUGCGGCAGACGCGGCAGAUGCCGCUACAGCGGCAGCGCGCAAAGCCGCGUCCGCGGGGUCUCCGGGGCCGGUCUGCAGGGAGGGGGGCCCCCUCCCCAGUGGCAUCGAUUCAGUCAAAGCUAAGGCCGGCCCCGGAGACCCCGCGGCGGCCCAGCAGCAGCAGCAGCAGCAGUUGAGGAAGUCGUGCGCGCGCAGGAACGCCUGGGGAAACUACUCGUACGCCGACCUGAUCACGCAGGCCAUCGAGAGCGCGCCCGAGCAGCGGCUGACCUUGGCCCAGAUCUACGACUGGAUGGUGCGGUCGGUGCCGUACUUCAGGGACAAGGGAGACAGCAACAGCUCAGCGGGCUGGAAGAAUUCCAUCCGACACAACCUGUCCCUCCACAGCCGCUUCGUGAAGGUCCAGAACGAGGGGACGGGGAAGAGCUCGUGGUGGAUGGUGAACCCGGAGGGUGGGAAGGGCGGCAAGGCCCCGCGGCGCCGGGCCGUGUCCAUGGACAACAGCAAGUACAUCAAGGGCGCGCGCGGCCGCGCCACCAAGAAGAAGGCGUCGCUACAGGCGCUGGCGCAGGACGGCAGCUCGGAGAGCUCGUCCAGCCUGUCCCGCUGGACGGGCAGUCCCACGUCGCGCAGCAGCGACGAGCUGGACGCCUGGACCGACUUCCGGUCCCGGACCAACUCCAACGCCAGCACGCUGAGCGGGCGGCUGUCGCCCAUCCUGGCCAACCUGGAGCUGGACGAGGCGGCGGACGACGACUCGCCGCUGUCGCCCAUGCUGUACUCCAGCCCCAGCAGCAUGUCCCCGUCCACCGGGCCCGCCGCCGGGCCGCCCGCCGGGCUCUCGGACCUGGCCGGCACCAUGAACCUCAACGACGGGCUGGCGGACGGGCUGAUGGACGACCUGCUGGACAACAUCAGCCUGACGGCGGCGCAGCAGCCGCCGCCCGGCGAGGACGGGGACGCCGGCGCCGACGGCCAGCCCGGCUCCGUGUUCAGCUUCGCGGGCCAGCUGGGCGGGCCGACCCCGGUGCUGUUCAGCCCGCGGCCGGCGCCCAUGCAGACCAUCCAGGAGAACAAGCAGACCACGUUCUUCGGCGAGGCGCUGCAGGACCUGCUGAGCCCCGGCAACGUGCUGCUCACGCAGUCCGACCCGCUCAUGUCGCAGGCCAGCACCGCCGUGGCGCUGCAGAACUCGCGCCGCAACGCCAUGCUGCUGCUGCGCAAGGACCCGCCGCCGGGCCGGGCCCAGAGCCCGCCGCCGGUGUCGGACGGCGCUACCGCCGCAAAGAAAUCCCCCGGAAACCCGCCGCCGGCCGACCUGGACCUGGACGUGUUCCACGACGGCCUGGACUGCGACAUGGACGCCAUCAUCCGCAACGAGCUGAUGGACGCCGACUGCCUGGACCUGAGCUUCGACGCGCGGCUCGGCGCCGCCCAGAGCAGGAACACGGGAAGCUUCUCCGGCGCCGCGCAGGCGUCCGCCCAGAGCUGGGUGCCGAGCUGAGGAGGAGGAGGAUUUACACUGAAAAAACUCUUUUACCAGGAACAUUUGUCUUAUUUCUAGUUAAAAUGUCUCAUUUUUUGUCAAAAAAUCUCAUUACACUUAAAACAAGAGUCAUCACCAGAUAAAUAACUAUUAGUAGUAAUUAGUUAUUUGACAAUUUUCACCUGUUUCAAGUACAGGACUGUCUCAGAAAAUUAGAAUAUUGUGAUGAAGUUCUUUAUUUUCUGUAAUGCAAUUAAAAAAACAAAAAUGUCAUACAUU